UUCAUUUAUGAUCAGCUCAAUCUUCCAUGUGCAAGAGAGAACUUCGAAGUACAGUCAGAAAAGGAAUCGAAUCCUUUUUUUUUUUUUUUCUCAAUCGUUGAUGUCGGGAUUCUUCCAUUCUACUAUGGGUAAGAAACUCUCGUAGAUGCUCAUGCAAAGGACUGUCUGUCCGCUAUUUAUAGCACUGUAAGCCAAAAACACCAGACCAUCAAAAAGCUGUAAAGAAAUAACAACAAACCGAAACAGCAAUCGAACGGCAUUAUUUUUUGUCGUCAGCUCCGACAGAGCCAUAAUGGCAGCCGGUGGAAAAAUGUCGUCUCCGGCCACCGCCGCCGAUCGCCGAAGCGUCACUCGCGGGCCAUCCGCGAAGCCGCCGUUCACUUUCGGCGACCUCAAAAGAGCCAUUCCUCCCCACUGCUUCCGCCGCUCCCUCGCCCGCUCCGUCUCCUACGUCGUUUCCGACCUCGCGGUCAUCUCGCUUCUCUACUACAUCGCCGCCGCGUACUUCCACCUCCUACCGCCGCCGCUCCGCCGCGUCGCCUGGCCCGUCUACUGGGUCCUCCAAGGCUGCAUCGCCACCGGCCUAUGGGUGAUCGCCCACGACUGCGGCCACCACGCCUUCAGCGAUUACCAGUGGGUCGACGACGCCGUCGGCCUCGUCCUCCACUCGCUCCUCCUCGUCCCGUACUUCUCCUGGAAGUACAGCCACCGCCGCCACCACGCCAACACCGGGUCCCUCGACCGCGACGAAGUCUUCGUCCCGAAAAAAAAGUCGCAAGUUGCGAGGCUUUCCAAGUACUUGAACAACCCGCCGGGCCGGGCCGUGACGCUCCUCGUCACGCUAACGCUCGGCUGGCCGUUGUAUUUAGCCUUCAACGUCUCCGGCCGGCCUUACGACCGCUUCGCCUGCCACUACGACCCUUACGGCCCAAUUUACAAAGAUCGCCAACGUUUCCAAAUCUUCGUCUCCGACGCUGCCGUCACGGCUACAUUGUACGUCCUCUACCGCACGGCGGCGGCGAGAGGCGUGGUUUGGGUCGCUUGCAUCUACGGUGCGCCGUUGAUGAUCGUUAACGGGUUCCUCGUGCUGAUAACGUAUCUUCAGCACACGCACCCGGCGCUGCCCCACUACGACUCGUCGGAGUGGGACUGGCUCCGGGGCGUGCUGGUGACGGUGGACCGGGACUACGGGAUCCUGAACAAGGUGUUCCAUAACAUCACGGACACUCACGUGCUGCACCAUAUUUUCUGGUCGGUGCCUCAUUACCAUGCGAUGGAGGCAACGAGAGCGAUCAAACCGAUACUAGGUGAGUAUUAUCAGUUCGACGGGAUGCCGUUUUACAAGGCGAUAUGGCGGGAGGCAAAGGAGUGUCUGUACGUUGAGGCCGACGAGCCCGGCAAGGGAGUCUACUGGUACAAGAACAAGUUUUAGGGCUGUUCGGAUUUCUAUUAUAUCAUAAUUAUUUUUAAUAUAUUUUUUAUUUUACUGUAACCUCUUGACAAUAAGAGAUGGUGGUGUCGGGAUGAACUCGUGAUUGUGAAGUCUGAAUUUAAACUGAUGCCUCAAGAUCUUGCUUGCUA